AGAGAGAGAGAGAGAGAGAAAUAGUGACAAUGUGUUGGUGAGAGCUAGUAUUUUUGCUACAAGUAACAAAAGAAGAGCAGAGAGGUUAUGAUGAUGGAGCAGAAAGAGGUGUCUGUCUCUCCUCUUAACAAAACUACUAGUGAUGAAUCUAAAAAAACAACACAAGAAGCAGCAGAAGGAGCAAUAACAACAACAACAACAACAAUAACAGCAAAGAGAGCUGUGGAGUGCAUCUAUGGAAGCAAUGAGGUUGAGCUUAACAAAAUUCGUCUCAUGAGGGCCUUUGUCCAAACACAAGAUACUUCUUCCAAGGAUGAAGAUGAUUUGAUGAUCAAAAGGUUUCUCUGGGCUCGUAAUGUAGACAUACAAAAGGCUUUAGCAAUGUUCCUUAAGAACUUGAAAUGGAGAAGAACAUUUGUGCCAAAUGGAUUCAUUCCGCUUCAGAGAUCCGAAAUGACUUAGCACAGAACAAAAUGUUUCUUCAAGGAGUAGAUAAAAACGGACGUCCCAUAAUAGUUGUCUUUGAUGGUAGACAUUUUCACAACAAAGGAGGUUUGGAGAAGUUCAAACGUAUGUU